GUGUAAAAAGUUAGAAUAGAACUGUUGCAAAGUGUGUGCAGGCUAUAUUCAAUAAGUACCAGCUUCUUACAAUGAAACGCGUGUGAAACAAAUGGACAAUAUUGGGCAACAUAUAGAUAUAUAGAAAUAUGGCGUCGACAAAUAAAUAAAAAGCACGAGACAAAGACAGAAAUAGAACUAACGACGAUUGCGAAAUAACAACAACGAAGGGGUGAAUGACUCUUCCAUCAGCAUCAUGUCAAAUCUUACCAGAUACAUAAUUCCGUUCGGAAUCAUCUCUAUCCUGAUGCUAUUUAUAUUUUUGCUACACACCGGCCUAUUGUUACCGAACUUUAAAAGGGUUAUGAUGAAAAACUCAUCCAGUAAUAAUGUUGCCUUCGUUUCUGCACAUGAUAUUCGUGAGCAAAGUGGUCUCACUGAUAAAGGCUUCGAAGUGUCCGGCUACAGGCAGAAUGUCGACAUUGGAGCGAGCUACCAGACAACGCCUCCUUUUGAGAAUGACUUGAGUUUUAAUGUGAACGAAUAUAACGUUACAGACGAGACAAUAGAGCUUCUUGGCUACAUGGGCAAAAACAACUCAACGAUUUCAGUGAGGUUAAGCGGGCUUUCAAAUUUGUUAAGUAUCAUAAAACCGUAUAUAAAACAAGACAAUAAACUGAAACAUAUAAAAUUACCACACACAUCUUUGUUUCAUUAUACAAGAUUGGUAACUGAUGUUAACUGCAACGCUAUAUUCCAGGGUGAUAAAGAUGAAAUAAAACGUGCAGAGAACAUUACUCGAGUUAGAAAUUUUCUGCAACCUCAAAACUACUCAGAAAUGACGAAAAACUGCUCAUAUUUUAAACGUCAGCGUGGCUAUAUUGAGCACCAUUUAACUGAAGUUGAACGUGACUUUCCUAUAGCGUUCAGUCUUUUAAUGUUCACAGAUAUUGAACAAUCUGAGAGACUCCUACGUGCCAUUUACAGACCACAGAACUUUUAUUGCAUACACGUUGACUCCAAAACAGAUCAAGCCAUGUACGACGGCAUGUCUUCAAUUGCGAGUUGCUUUGAUAAUGUGAUUAUGACGUCAACACGAUUUAACGUUCAGUGGGGUACAAUGACCGUUCUCGAGCCAGAGUUGCUCUGCAUGCAAGAGCUUUGGAACAAAAGUACAGCGUGGAAAUACUUUAUUAAUCUGACUGGACAGGAGUUCCCGUUGCGAACAAACUACGAACUUGUACGUAUUUUAGAGGCGUUCAAUGGAUCAAACGACAUAAUGGGAUUAUUAAAAAGAGCCAACAGGGAUCGGUGGCAGAAAGCCGGUCCACCACCUCACAACAUCACGGCGUUAAAAGGGGCCGUGCAUAUUGUGGCCAACAGAGGCUAUGUGAAAUUCAUAUUACACGACAAACGAGCCCAUUACCUAUUGAACUGGACGAGACAGACGCAGGUGCCCGAUGAAACGUUCUUUGCUACGCUCAAUCAUAACCCUCAACUCGGUGUACCAGGUGCUUACAUAGAAAUUGAAGCAUAUCUCACCAUCAGGUUGGGCUACAAAGACCUCAUGAAGAGGCAAGUAGGACCUGAAAAUAAACUCUGA